AUGCGAGAUAACUCCAAAGAGAUGUUCAUUAUCAGAGCUUUGGAAAAGAUCCUGGCUGACCGGGAUGUCAAACGGUCGCAUCUCUCUCAACUUCGAAAAUCCUGCGAGACUGCACUCGAUAACCUACGAAAUGAGAUCAAAGAAGGUUCAGGCACUCAAGUCUCAACUGCUUUGCCACAGCCUCGUAGUGAUUCAUAUGUUAUUUCUGCAGAGAAGUAUUUUCUCCCCUUUGAAUUGGCUUGCCAAAGUAAAUCACCAAGAAUUGUGGUCACUGCUUUGGAUUGCCUACAAAAACUAAUUGCAUAUGGACAUCUUACGGGAAAUGUACCUGAUUCUACAGAACCGAAUAAAUUGCUCAUUGUUCGUAUUGUUGAAACAAUAUGUGGAUGUUUCAUGGGGCCACAGACAGAUGAAGGCGUUCAGUUACAAAUUAUAAAAGCUCUUCUCACAGUAAUGACCAGUCAACAUGUAGAAGUUCAUGAAGGUACUGUAUUACUUACUAUUCGUACAGUGUACAGUGUCUAUCUGGCAUCAAGGAACUUAGUUAAUCAAACUACGGCUCGAGCUACACUCACCCAGAUGAUCAACGUUAUUUUUGCACGCAUGGAAACACAGGCAGAAGAAGAGAACGUUCGAAGUGAGGUAGAGCAACCUGAAACGACCAAUGUGAACUCUACUAAUUGUACUUCCGGAGGAGAUUUCGAAACCGAGGCGGUAAAUCAUGAAAAACCGUCGACGGAGAGUAGUAAUCAAGAACCACAGUUAAUAGUCCGAGGGAUCUUGGAGGAUAUGGUAAACCUUGUUGUUCCUGAAGAUUCGACAAAUCCAACUACAGUAACUUCGGAGGAGGCUAGCUUAGAUCAAGUGCCUAUAGAUGAAAAUUCUGACGAAACAGUUGCGGAAAGUGAUAAUAUGGUCAGGGCAAAGUUUACACACGUGUUACAAAAGGAUGCCUUCUUGGUUUUCAGGGCACUUUGCAAGCUUUCUAUGAAACCACUUCCUGAUGGCACUCCAGAUCCAAAGUCCCACCAGCUUAGGUCAAAGAUACUUUCUUUACAAUUACUUCUGGGUAUACUACAAAAUGCUGGGCCAGUGUUACGCUCUAAUGAAAUGUUUGUUAUAGCCAUAAAACAAUAUCUCUGUGUAGCACUUUCGAAGAACGGUGUGUCUUCCGUUCCUGAGGUGUUUGAAUUGUCUCUCGCAUUGUUCCUUGCACUUCUGGCUCGCUUCAAAGUACACUUAAAGAUGCAAAUAGAGGUUUUCUUUAAGGAAAUUUUUAUGAAUAUUCUUGAGACUUCGAGUAGUUCCUUCGAACACAAAUGGAUGGUGAUCCAUGCUUUAACUCGCAUUUGUGCGGAUGCGCAAAGUGUUGUAGAUAUAUAUGUAAACUACGACUGCGAUUUAUCAGCUGCGAACCUGUUUGAAAGACUUGUAAAUGAUUUAUCAAAGAUUGCACAGGGUAGACAAGCACUAGAAUUAGGUGCUUCAGCCAAUCAAGAAAAAUCAAUGCGAAUUAGAGGCCUUGAAUGCUUGGUGUCAAUCUUAAAAUGCAUGGUUGAAUGGAGCAGAGAUCUGUACGUGAAUCCGAGUGUACCAGCUGAUCAGCAGCUCCCAUCAGAGCCUCCUGAUCCCCCAGUAGAGCCUCCACUACCACGUUAUGGAAGUGCUGGCAGUCUAUCCUCUGCAAACUCUAGUUUGGUGGGCAACAAAGAAAUUCCAGAUUCUCCUGAGCAAUAUGAAGUGCAAAAACAACAAAAAGAAGUGUGGGAAACUGGAAUUGACAUUUUUAAUCGAAAACCAAGCAAGGGAGUACAAUACCUCCAAGAACAAAGUCUUUUGGGUAAUUCAUCUGAAGAUGUUGCUCGUUGGCUUCAUAUGGAUGAACGACUUGAUAAAACUGCAAUCGGUGAUUUUCUUGGCGACCAUAACCAUAAUCAAGUGAUGUACAGCUAUAUUGAUCAAAUGAACUUUGCCGAUCGCGAUUUAGUUACAGCGCUCAGAUAUUUUCUCGAAGGUUUUCGAUUGCCAGGCGAGGCACAGAAAAUUGAUCGAUUAAUGGAGAAAUUCGCCAGUCGAUAUUGUGAAUGUAAUCCAAACAAUGGAUUAUUCACAAGUGCAGACACUGCUUAUGUAUUGGGCUUCUCAAUCAUUAUGUUAACUACCGAUCUCCAUUCGCCUCAAGUGAAAAAUAAAAUGACGAAAGAACAAUAUAUAAAAUUAAAUCGACGUAUCAGCGACAAUGAGGAUUUGCCCGAAGAGUACUUAUCGAAAAUUUAUGAUGAGAUAGCGGGUAAUGAAAUUAAAAUGAAGUCCAAUCCUAAUCGACCUGGAAAACAAGUAAUAUCGAGUGAAAAGAAACGGCGCCUUUUAUGGAAUAUGGAAAUGGAAGUAAUCUCAACCGCGGCUAAAAACUUAAUGGAAUCUGUUAGCCAUGUUCAAGCACCAUUCACUACAGCUAAACAUCUGGAGCACGUGCGACCAAUGUUUAAAAUAGCAUGGACGCCAUUUCUAGCAGCAUUCAGUGUUGGUCUUCAAGAUUGCGACGAUCCUGAAAUUGCCUCUCUUUGCCUAGAUGGUAUUAGAUGUGCAAUACGCAUUGCUUGCAUAUUUCACAUGACGUUAGAGCGAGACGCGUAUGUACAAGCUUUAGCACGAUUUACUUUAUUGACUGCGAAUUCACCAAUUACUGAAAUGAAGGCAAAGAACAUCGAUACGAUUAAAACUUUGAUCACUGUGGCUCACACCGACGGUAAUUAUCUUGGCAGCUCUUGGCUGGACGUCGUGAAAUGCAUCUCUCAACUUGAGCUUGCCCAGUUAAUUGUCACUGGGGUCAGACCCCAACUCCUGGGUCCACUUUCAAAGCCACAUUUUCCUUCACCAUUGGUGAAUUUCAAUUUAACUCACAACAAUUCUCAUCAAAAUAAUAAUUUGAAUCUCAGUUCAUUGGAUCCAAGUGUAAAGGAGUCAAUAGGAGAAACAAGUUCCCAGAGUGUGGUAGUGGCUGUUGACAGAAUAUUUACAGGUUCCACCAGAUUAGAUGGAGAUGCUAUUGUAGAAUUUGUGAAAGCUCUCUGUCAGGUUUCUUUGGAAGAACUAUCUCAUCCAACACAACCAAGAAUGUUCUCUUUGACUAAAAUUGUAGAAAUCUCUUAUUACAACAUGGCACGUAUCAGACUUCAAUGGUCCAGGAUUUGGCAAGUCUUAGGAGAUCAUUUUGAUAGGGUUGGCUGUAGUCCUCGCCAAGACAUCGCUUUCUUCGCAGUUGAUUUUUUGCGACAACUUGCAACCAAAUUUAUUGAAAAGGGAGAAUUUGCUAAUUUCCGAUUUCAAAAGGAUUUCCUCAGACCAUUUGAGCAUAUCAUGAAGAAGAAUAGGUCCCCCGUUAUUCGGGAUAUGGUGGUUCGUUGUGUUGCACAAAUUGUACAUUCACAGGCUCCCAACAUUCGAUCGGGAUGGAAAAAUAUAUUUAGCGUAUUUCAUCACGCAGCUAGUGAUAGAGAUGAAGCUGUAGUUGAGCUGGCGUUUUCUAUGACUGGAAAAAUUAUAAAUGAAUUAUAUGCUGAAGACUUCAGUAUUAUGGUCGAUUCCUUCCAAGACGCCGUAAAGUGCCUCAGUGAAUUUGCUUGCAAUGCCUCCUUUCCAGAGACAAGCAUGGAGGCUAUAAGGUUAAUACGUUCUUGCGCGUCAUAUAUUGACGCUAAUCCAAACCUCUUUGCGGAAGGCAUGAUGGACGAUAGUGGGAUGGUAUCUGAGGAAGAUAGAGCUUGGGUUAGAGGAUGGUUUCCACUGUUAUUUGAACUAUCAUGUAUAGUGAGCAGGUGUAAGUUAGAUGUUCGUACACGUGCACUGACCGUUCUUUUUGAUGUUGUAAAGACACAUGGAGCUUCUUUCAAACCCCACUGGUGGAAAGAUCUUUUUCAAGUUCUAUUCAGAAUCUUUGAUAACAUGAAGCUUCCUGAACAACAUACAGAGAAAGCAGAAUGGAUGACAACAACAUGCAAUCACGCUCUAUACGCGAUUGUCGAUGUAUUUUCACAGUUUUAUGAUACUUUAGGCCCUCUUCUCUUAGAACAGUUAUAUUCUCAGCUACUAUGGUGCGUGCAGCAAGAUAAUGAGCAAUUAGCACGUUCUGGAACUAAUUGUUUGGAAAACUUAGUGAUCAGUAAUGGGAUUAAGUUCGAUGAACAGACUUGGGAGAAAACUUGCAGUUGUGUCCUUGAUAUCUUUGAAAGCACUCUACCAUCUGCUUUACUUAGCUGGAAACCCCAGUCGCCUAAUAAGGAAUCUGACUUAGAUAUAAUUACAGGAGAAGUAGAUGGUCAUGUGGGGAUCCUCAAAAGAAGCAAUAGCUCACAAAGUUUAACAAAUGGCGAGACCAUAAAAAACAAAGUUUUUUCUGCAUUAUUAAUCAAAUGUGUUGUGCAAUUGGAGUUAAUACAAACAAUAGACAACAUUGUGUUUUACCCGGCUACAUCUCGGAAAGAGGAUCAGGAAAACCUAGCGCUGGCGCAGGCGGACAUGUUUAAUGGAAAGUCCUCUGAACUAGGUGUAAGAGCUGGUGCAGACCAGCAGAAAGAAGAGCAGGGCAUGUAUUGUGCUCUCACUACUACACACUUAUUACAAUUAGUUGAAUGUUUGUUAAAAUCUCAUAGAUUUGCAAAGAGUUUUAAUUCCAAUCAUGACCAACGGAAUGUGUUAUGGAAAGCUGGUUUCAGAGGCAAUGUGAAACCAAAUUUGCUUAAGCAAGAAACGCAAUCUUUAGCGUGUGCAUUAAGAAUUCUAUUCAAAAUGUAUAGUGACGAGGCUCACAGGGCUGAUUGGAGUAAGGUGAAGACUAGGCUUGUAGAGGUGACUUGUGAAGCACUGGAAUAUUUCUUGGCGCUUUCUAAUGAAGCUCAUAGAGAUGCCUGGACUCCCAUACUGUUAUUACUCCUCACAAGAAUUCUGAAGAUGAGCGAUAAUAGGUUCGCGGUCCACGCGUCCAGUUGUUACCCCCUACUCUGUGAGGUUAUGUGUUUCGAUCUCAAACCGGAGUUAAGGUCUGUACUUCGAAGAUUCUUUCUGAGGAUUGGUCCGGUAUUCAGGAUCACACAACAGUAGUGGUUGUAAUUAAUCAUUGUAAAGAGUGAGGUUAUAUAAUUUUUUGAGUUGGUUCUACCUAGAAAGAAGGACUUCUUGUAAUUUGAAUUGGUUAUAGUUUUUUUCUAGAUAAAUAUGGAAGUUUAUGAAAUUAGGUUAGUUUCAAUUACCUCUUUAGUUAUAUUUUUG